GGUAACAAGUUGAGCAUAUUUGUCACCAUGGCCCAAACUUGAAAACUGUAAUGAAAAGGGCUUGUGAAUUUGGAAAAAAGAGUAAUAACAAAGAUAGUGAAAAUGAUAUAAAUCUCUAUUGUUUUAAUAAACACACUUUCCACUUCGGUCAGUCUUUUCCCAAAAUCUUUUCGUGGUACAGAACACUGAUUACUACUCCAUUUGGUAUUAUUAUAGAUGCAUUUCCUGCACUAAGCACAAGUUAACAGAAAGAGUAAAAAAAAAAAAAAACUGUAAUUAUCAUUGCAGAAAGCAAGGGAAUACAUGGCCUGCACAUUCAUGGCAACCUUGGAAAGAUAUAAGCCUCAUCUAAUCAUGUUUCUGACUCAGAUCGGUUAUGCAAUUGUGUAUUUCUUUACUGAAGCUGCCUUCAGUCAAGGGCUGAAUCCACAUAUAUAUGUCACUUACCGAUUUUGCCUAUCUGCCUGCCUCAUGUUUCCUUUUGCCUAUUUUCUUGAGAGAAAUUCAAGGCCAAAACCUUACGUUUCGACUGUUUUUGGAGUUCUUUUUGCUUUCUCUCAUAGGAAUCUGUUCAUCCCUUAACCUGCACUUUGCAAGUUUGAAAUACACUUCUCCGACAUUCGUUGCAACUCUGUUCAACACGAUUCCUUCCUGGACUUUUAUAAUUGCUGUCAUACUCAGGUUGGAGGUUGUCAAUGUAAAGAACCCUCGUGGGAUGGCUAAAAUCCUUGGAACCUUAAUAUCCCUUGCAGGGGUAACUACCAUCACUUUGUACAAAGGGCCUGCAGUGCAAAGGUUGUCAGCUGCUAUAGUUCACAUAAACAGACAUUCGGGUUCCGUUCAUGAGAACUGGGUGAAAGGACCUAUUCUGACAGUGGCGAGUUGCAUAACAUGGGCCAUAUGGUACAUUCUUCAGGCAAUUACUUUGAAGAAAUAUCCAACACAAGUGUCACUAGCAGCAUGGAUGAACGGUAUCGGGGGAGCACAAUCGGCAGUCUUUGCAGUGUGCUUACAGCACGAGGCAUCAGCAUGGUCAAUCAAAAUGUUCAGUGUUAAUUUCUGGUCCAUUACAUAUUCUGGAAUAUGCUCUGCUGUUUUUGUCUGCCUUCAAAUUUGGUGCAUGAAAGAGAAAGGACCGGUGUUUGUCGCCAUGUUUAACUCUCUUCAAACAGUUAUGGUGGUGGUUCUAGCAUAUUUAGUUCUUGGUGAAAGACUAUACACAGGCAGCAUUAUAGGUGGAUUCCUCGUUAUCAUUGGCCUAUACUUGCUGUUGUGGGGCAAGGAUAGAGAGCAGUCUUACAACAAGAGCCAAGAAUCACAUUGUAAUGAGAUAAUGGUAUCUGACAAGGAGGAGUUGGCUUCACUGGAAAAAGAUGAACCGUGAAGGAAACAAAAAUGGCUUCGGACAACAGAGGAUGGCAUGCCAUAGCAAAUGAAUUUGACUUACUUUUAGUAGCUUGCAGGAGAAGUAAAUUAAGCCCAGAGAGCAAUGUCAAGUAUUAAAAAAAAAAAACCAACUUAUAUCUAUGUUUGUCUAUAAUUUAAUGUGGAAUUUGCAUUGUUGUAAUCAAACAUGAUGAUCAAGGUCAAAUACACUUCUACAA